GGACGCGGAAGUAAUCGUGUAGUAAUUGUUAAGUGAAAUUGCGCGCCAUACAGAAUUUUACGUAACGAGACGGCAAAUGUAAGAGUUUAGCAGCUAUUUAACGGCUGUGACAUAACUGUUAAUUUACAUUUUUGCAACUAAAUGAACGCAAGUCAAUCUAACAGACGUCGGUAAUCAGCGUCACAAUAUGUCGGAGGAGCUCCACAUGUCUGACACGGAGGAAGAAGACGCCGAGGAAGAAGAGUAUGUGGAGGAGGCCUCCUCUGAGGUCCCGGUGUCGCUGCUCAGCUAUUUUGAGGCCUCCAGAAGGCGAGCGGCAGCUUGUGAGAAGUUCAUCCUUGAGGACCUUGAAAGUCUGACUGCAUCACGACACAAUGAACAAACAACGCACACAAAUGUUGCUGUGGUCGACGAGGACACCGAGACAACAAAUGAGGCGGCAGACAUGUUUGGUGAACAAAAUGAAGACAACAGCGCCUCAUCUGGCGCUGAUGCAGAUGAACAAGAGUUUUCAACUGUGUGCUAUGAAAGCCAAGAGGCUGGGGGCAGAGAACUCCGACUGGAGAUGGAGCGUAGGACACGAGAAGAACAAGAGUUUGAGGAGGAGCUGCAAAGGAUGAUGGAGAUGGAGAAGCUGCGACAGAGGGAGGCGGAUAUGAGGGAGUUGAAGGCUCAGGAAGAGCUUGAGCGGGAGUUCUGGCUUGGACAGGAACUGCUUAACGACUUGAAGAGACAAGUGGAGGAGGAGGUCAAAAAGAGGGAUGCCGACCAGAAGAGGUUGGCACAACGACAGAAAGAAGAGGAGGAAGAGGAAACGAGGAGGAAGAGUGGGCAAGAAGAUGAGAGGAGGAAAGAGGCAGAAAGGAAGAAAAUACAGGAAGAGGAAAAGAGGAAAAAGGAGGAAGAAGACAAGAGGAGAAAAGGGGUAGAAAUUAAACUGAAAGAGGAAGUGGAAAUUACUAGAAGAAAGGAGGAAGAGGACAAGCAGAGAAAGCAGAUAGAGGAAGAAGAAGCAAAAAAGGGAAAAGGGGCGGAAGUGGAAGCCUGGAGAAAGCAGAUGGAGGAAGAGGAAAAGAGGAGGAAGAAGGAGGAAGCAAAAGAGAGGCACAAACAAAUGGAAGAAGAACUGAUGAUGAAUGAGGAGGAAGAACACAAGAGGAGGCAAGAAGCAGAUGGGAAACUGAAGGCGCAAGAGGAAAUGACAAGGAAGGAGGAAGAAGACAAGAAGACGAAACAGUCAGAGAGGAAGCAGAAUGAAAAGAAGGGAAAAGGGCAGGAAGAGGAAGUAUGGCGAAAGAAGACAGAGGAAGCAGAAAAAAGGUGGAAGGAGGAGGAAGAGGAAAUAAAGCAGGAGGAAGAAGAAAAAAGGAUAAAAGAGGCAGAAGUGAUCCAAAUAGAAGAAGAGGUGAUGAAAAAGUGGGAGGAAGAGAAAAGGAGUACCAAAAGCGAAGCAAGCAAACUUCAGGAGGAGGAGGACGACGAUAAGAGGAGGGGAAAGGGGAACAAGGAGGAGAGCAAAAGGAAAGAGGCUAAGCGGAAGGUAAUGGAGGAUGAAGAAAAGAGGAGUGAUGGUGAGCAAGUGGAGGAAAGAAGCCAGAAAACAGAGGAAGAGGAAAAGAUGAAAGAAACAGUGAGAAAGGAGGAGGAAAAGAGGAGGAGGCAAGAGGAGGAAAAAAAGCAAAUGAUGAGGAAGUGUAAGGAAGUGGAAAAGAAGAUGAACGAGGUAGCGAGAAACCAACUGGAGCAAGAGGAAAAGAGGAAGAAGAAGGAGGGAGAGAUGAGGAUGAUAGAGGUAGAGGAGAACGGAGUGAUAGAGGAAGACAACGAGAGGAGAAAAGAGACAGAGGGGAAGGGAACUGAGAAUGAAGAAAAGAGGAAGAAGAGUAAGGAGAAAGAUGUGAGGAGGAAGACGGAGGAAGUAGAAAUACGGAGCCAGAAAAUUGAGGAAGGGGAAAAGAGGGAAAAAUGGGCAGUGGGGAAAAAGGAGGAAGAGCAAACGAGAAGCAAAGAGGCAGGCAGGAAGUGGAAAGAAGAAAACAAGAAGAGCAACAGGGAUGAAGAAGGCAUGACGAGGAUGAGUGAAGAAGAGGACCGACGGAAGGAGGAAAAGGAAGAGCAGGGUAAUGAGGAAGCAGAAAACAGGAAGAAGAAUGAGGAAGGAGAGAGGAGUGAAGCGUUACGAAGGAAACGCAUGGAGGAAGAGAAGAGGACAAAGACUAAUGGUAAAGACUUGAGGAAAGUACGAGAGCUAAAGAAAAAAGAAACAGAGGUGUGGAAGAAAAUGGAUGAAGAUCAGAAGGUAAUGGAGAAGGAAAGGAUGAAGCAGUUGGAUAUGGAGAUGACCAGGAGGAGGAAGGAAGAGGAGAGAAGAAGCAUGCAAAUGAAGGAGGAGAGGAGAGAGGAAGUUAAAGAGUACGAAGAACCUCUGAGAAAAAAACAAAAUGAAAUGGAUGAGAGAAGACUCACCAGAACUGAAAUGGACCAGAAUAUCCUUGAGAACUUCCAUCAGAACAUCCAGGAGAAUGUCCAUGAGAACAUCUGUCUAAACAGCCACGGGAAUAUCCAUGAGAAAGUCCAUCAUAACAUUGACAAGAACAUUCAAGAGAACAUCAAACACAAGAUUAAUGAGAACUUCAGUGAGAACAUGCAUCAGAUCAUCCACGAAAACAUUCAUCAGAACACCCACGAGAAGAUCCCCUCGAACAACCAUCACAAUACCUGUGAAACCAUGCUUGAGAACAUUCAUCAGAACAUCAGUGAGAACAUCUAUGAAAAUGGCCAUGGCCAGCAAAACAUCCACCAGAACAUUCCUGAGAACAUCCGCCAGAACAUUCAUCAGAACAUCACUGAGAACAUCUAUGAAAAUGGCCAUGGCCAGCAAAACAUCCACCAGAACAUUCCUGAGAACAUCCGCCAGAACAUUCAUCAGAACAUCCAUGAGAACAUUGAGGAGAACAUCCACCAAAACAUUAAUGAGAAGAUCAAUGAGAACAUUUCUCAGAAUAUCCAUCAAAACAUUGAUGAGAAUAUUCAUCAAAACAUUGACGAGAACAUUAAUGAGAACAUUCAUCAAAACAACCAAGAGAACAUCCAUCAUAAGAUCUGUGGAAACAUCCAUGAGACAAUCGAGAAUAUUAAGGAGAACAUCCACCAGAAUUCCUCAGGCCAAACUGAUAGCCCCUGGCACUCCCAGCUCAUGCAUGAGAAGAGGCUUUCCUGGAUGAAAGGACACGUCUGCUGGUCAGAACUGCAGAACAGGAGCAUGUGGAGAGGUUCUGUCGGCUCCAGGAGACAGUGCAGGAGGUCCGCCCAGGACGACGACCUUCCUCCGCUUUGUCCCAACACGCUGCUACGGGCUGCGGGCAGGAGAUCCCUGCAGGAGAUCACCAUCUUGGUGCUGGAGGACGUGCCAGGCUGCAGUUUGUCCACUCUGACUCAAUGCGCUCGACUACAGUCUCUCACGCUGAGAAGAUGCGGGCUGAAGGUACUGGAAGGCAUCAAUCAGUUAGCGGAGCUGUGUUACGUUGACGUGCAGGAAAACAACAUCUCAAGGGUGGACUGUGAGAAUAUGACUGGUUUGAGAGUUCUCAAGAUGGGCUGCAACAAGUUGACGUCCAUUCACGGUUUAAUCGGUGCAGAGAACCUGGAUGUUCUAGAACUUUCGCACAAUUCCAUUACACGCAUUGCUGGUCUGGGCUCUUUGAGGAGACUCCAGCGCUUGUCUUUGGACCACAACCGGCUCGUUGGCACCAGUGGCCUGAGGGACGUCUGCACCCUGCUGCACCUCAACUGCUCCCACAACCACUUGGCCAGCGUGGAGGGUAUGGAGAGCAACGUUCUGCUCCGCACGCUGGACCUGACCUCCAACAGCCUCACUGAGCCGCCCGCGCUGCACGACCACGUCCUCCUCGGAGAGCUACGCCUGGACGACAACAGUCUGGCCUCUCUGCGCCGUCUCCUCGCCGACUCGUGGCUGCCUCACUUGCACACUCUGAUGCUGGCGCACAACAGGCUCACACACCUGCCUGACAUGUCUGUUGCCGUAUCGCUCGCUAACCUGGACUUGCGCUUCAACUGUCUGUCAGAUGUGAAGAACUUGUGCCACAGCCUGGAAGGAUGCCACUCGCUGGAGGAGGUACACCUCACAGGGAAUCCUCUCCAGCGGGAGAGCAACUGGAGAUUCACUUUGCAGAUAGCAGUGUCUGGUCUUAGGACCAUCGAUGGGACGGAUGCAGACGUCCUCCUGACGGACUCCGCUGUUGCUAGGCAGAUCGGAUUGUCCUCCAAUGGCUUCCUCAGCUUGAUCCGGAUGCAACUUGAGCAGAUUGUCGCUUUACAGCAGCAGCACAGUGAGCAACUGAGCAAACCUUCGCACUUGUUGGACGCCGUCAAACUUACUUGCCGACACUUGAUGGAGGCAUUGGGCCUGGCCAAGGUGCAGCGACGCGCCCUGGAACGCGCCCACGUCGGACAAACAUCCGAUUGGCGGACAACCUUGGAGGAAACUCUUGUCGAGGUUUCAUCCAUCGCUUCCGACAGGGGCAUUGCGACACCAUUUUGUGAUGUUCAAGUAUCAGCGGUGAAGGAAACAAGUAGCAGUGGACAAAUGUCGUCACACCAUCAAGUCUGGGACCUUAAAAGGGCCUCUGUUACGUGUGAAGAUGGGGAAGGAAAAGCAGCAGAUGGAGGGAAAUCUGAGUCUGCUGUGACGAGGACCAAUCCUGCUCAGCAUCAUGCGGCAACUAUCAUCCAGGCGCGAUGGAGAGGCUUCACCUUGAGGAGGAGGCUAGCAGCCGCUCUUGCUGCUGUCACGUCCCUGCAAGGCGACGACAAUGCCUUUGAGGUGGUUGACGUGGAGGAGUUUGUCCUGGAUGAGGCAAUGCUGGAGCAAGGCUGGACUUUAUGUGAGGAUUCUCCUACUGGAUGGUCCUCAGUGUCCAAGCAGCCAUUAUUUCGACGGAUCCCAGGCUUCUGUCCGGAACAUUCCGAGUGGGUUCUUCCACCUCUGCCCACACGGAGGCCCACGCAAGCCUGGGAAAUCAAAGAACACGAGGACAAGAGGCUUUUACCACAGAAAUCCAGCAGGAGCAAAUCUCCUUCAACGUCUGUGGCAAGUGACUUCUAUGAGAGAUCCGAAAGAAUUCUGGAGGAAUGGGGCUUCACUAACAGGCACACGGCUGAGCUGAUGCUGAGGAGAGCCCAGAAGAUGACGUCCAAGCAGAAAAGCCCAGGGCAUCUGGAGGCCUGGAGAAAUCAGCCACUUACAACCUUCCAGCUGGAAGCUCCAAACAGGCUGGCACGGCCCAGCAUAAGUGCUACAAGGGUUGACCAGGCGGAGGUGGUGCCAGGGCGAGCGAGGUGGGAACAGACUCGGAAGUGGCUCCAAAAUCAGAACACUGUGAGGCGUUCAGAGAGCGAACAUUUCUUACCGGACAUUGCCGCCGAUGCAGUGAGUGGUGGACAACGACGACGUGUGCCAGAAGCAGGACGUACGGAACAUCACACCAGGGGAGUUUGGGCCUGCAACAGUUUACCUGCUCAAGCCUGUAGAAACAACAAAAACACUCUAGGACUUACAAAACAAGAUGUUCCUACUCCGUGGAGGAAGGAGCGCAUCUCCUUCCGGGAUGAGCCUAUGCGUCGUAGUGGCGGAUGGGGUGGAGGGAAGAAGAGAGACAAAGUAAAACGCUGAUGCAUCUUUUGUUUAAGGAAAAAAAAAAGAGAUAGAUAAUAGAACCUUUCUGCUCGACUGUGUAAUCGUCUUAAGGACAUUCAUUCUAUCCUGCAGCCCAAACACCUUCAGGUGCUUACUUUGAGUAUUGCGGCCUAAAGAAACACUUUUAACACAUAACACAGUUCAUAUCAUGAUAGGAAAUAGGAAGCAGAAACUUGUACUCGCCUACCCGUUCAUCUUUCUUAAGCUUGGACAAAGUCCAGCUUUGGAAGUGCAAAUCCUGAUGUGCCUUUUGUUAAGUCGAAGCACUCUUCCGUAGCCUGGUUACCCUUCUAGUUGCACUUCUCUUGAGGAGUUGGCUGGAGAAGAUAAAUAAAUAAAUAGAUAGAUAAUAAAUAGAUGACUGAGAGUUUUGAGUUGUAUGUCGAUUUAUCAAACUUUGCCGCCAUGCUGCGCCAACACGCAAUGACAAAAGCUCAAACAUUUCAUAGUUUAGCGUUGUUCGUCUGUCGAGUACGGUGGACCGCACUAGUCAUGGGGGAUAGGGACUGGGCCGCACUGCCAAUAGCAAAAAUCUGCGGAGAAUUAAUGCCUAUUAUACUUGCAUUGAAAGCUGAAAAGUUUUGGAAUAAGUGAGGAUAGAAUGCCAAUAAGCGCUUCUGGGGUUGUACCCCCCAAACCCCAAAAUAGAAAAGAAAAAAACAAAAGAAAUAAAAUGGGGGGGAAUCUGCUGUACCGUGAGUAUGUGGGGGGUCCACUGUAUACGUGACUUUAAUUUGGCAGCACUCGAAUGGAAGUACGUCUUCUAAGCACACUUGAAAAUGACCAAAAAUGACCCUGAAAUGGCCCCUUCAAACCAAAAUUGCAAACUUUCUUUGUCUUUUCACCAUGACUUUUUGAAACUUUUUUGUGGGCUCACUCAUGAUAGGCAUGCCCACCAAAUUUCAUGUUGCUAAGUGAAACUGGCUUCAGGGAUGGAAUUUUGCCAAAAUACUGCAGUGUACUGUUGAACCAAUAGUGACUCAUCAAACUUCGCCACUGUGCUCCGCCCACACACAAUGAUGAAAAAUCGAAUGUUACUUCAUUUAGUUUGCCCCAUCUUCAAAUUUGGUCGCAACUGGACUAACUCACUGGAGUUUGAUUUUGAAAAAAACGCCGGAAAUAACCCAUUAGCCCAAGCGGCCUUCAAAAUAACCCAUUUAAGCGGCCUUCAAAGACGAAUUUUGCAGAUUUGAAGCAUGCAUUCUGAGCAGAUGGGUGACAAAAAAAAAAAUGUGAAACAUCUUUGGGUCAUGACGUGGUUGGAGAAUGUUCGCGAAAUUUGAUGACUCGCCAUUGGUUCGGUAAUGUGUGCCAGAACUUAUGGAAAAAUGCAGCCUCCAAAGACAGUUUCACUUCACAACAUGAAAUUCGGUCGACAUGUCUCUCAUGAGUAGAUACACUAAAAAGGUUUCAAGAAGCCAUGCCUGAAAAGACACAGGAAGUCUGCCAUUUUGGUUUAAAGUGGCCAUUUUAGUGUCAUUUCGGCCAUUUCCCGGGCUCUUUCAAAGACAAACUCAUCGUAGAGAUUUUUUUCAACUGCUACCAAAUUUGGAGCACAAAUAUCAGAAAAAUGGAUGACGGUUUUGGUCACUGCAUGCGGGAGGAGCACGGCGGCAAAUUUCACGACUCACCAUAAAACCGGAAGCUCUAAACACCUCAACUCCACAGGCCCUUAAACAUUAUUGCACUUUUUGUGAGCCAUUGCUGAUUAUCAUCUUUAUUGUCAUUUAAAUGAACAGUACAUAUAACGUUGAAUAAAACUGCCACUGAACGAGAUUCCAAAAUGGAAAUUCAGCGUUUCUUUUUUGGCCGCCGCCGAGAAAAGUGAACUUGUCGAGGAAUGUGCCACAGCGAAAAAAACAGAGAAACCCGAACCCACAUCGAGGGAAUAACAUGGCGCGAGCAGGAACCAUGGGUAAAAUGUCCGAGCUAAUUGGUGGCUCUAAUAAGGGCUGCAGGAUGUUUUUAUACAAAUUGAAUUUAAAAAAGAAUGUUAGCCAAGUGGUGUCCUGACUCCACUUGGUUGAAGAGCUAGCGUCAGGUAUUUUUUGACAUUUAGCUCUCUUUACAUGAACGUUGUACACAAGUCUACACGUACUAUACA